AUGGAGAGGCCGCGAGCGCUGCCGCCCGGGCGGAGGAGGCCGAGCCGCUGCGCCUGGCCGCUGCUGGCCGCCUUGCUGGUGAGCUGCGUGGCCUGCCAGGCGCCGCCCGUGCCGGCCGGCGGCGAGCCCCAGUGGGACGGCCGGGCCGUCUGGGUGCACAGCCGCUACGUGCCCCCGCGCUGCCCGCGCCUCGUGCGCGCCGGGGACUUCGUGCGCUACCAUUACCACGGCACCUUCCCCGACGGCCGCAAGUUCGAUUCCAGCUAUGACAGGGGUUCCACGUUCAAUGUGUUUGUGGGGAAGGGGCAGCUGAUUGCAGGAAUGGACACGGCCCUGCUCGGCAUGUGCGUGAACGAGAGGCGAUUUGUGAAAAUCCCACCCCAUCUCGGCUAUGGGAGCGAAGGCGUUUCUGGUGUAAUUCCUGCAAACUCUGUCCUUCAUUUUGAUGUACUUCUGAUUGACAUUUGGAAUGCUGAAGAUCAGAUUAAUAUUCAAACUUACUACAAGCCCGAAAACUGCACCAGGACGAUUCAAGUGUCUGAUUUUGUACGGUACCAUUACAAUGGGACGUUUCUAGAUGGGACACUGUUUGACUCAAGUCACAAUAGGAUGCGAACAUACGAUACCUAUGUGGGAAUCGGCUGGCUUAUCCCUGGUAUGGACAAGGGUCUCCUAGGAAUGUGCAUUGGUGAAAAGCGCAUCAUCACAGUGCCGCCGUUUCUGGCUUACGGAGAAGAUGGAGAUGGUAAAGAAAUUCCUGGUCAGGCUUCUCUUGUCUUUGAUGUGGCUCUCUUAGACCUUCACAACCCAAAAGAUGGCAUCACAGUUGAGAAGCAGUAUGUGCCUGAAUCUUGCGAGCGGAAAAGUCAAGUGGGUGAUUUCCUCAGAUAUCAUUACAACGGGACACUUCUGGAUGGCACGCUGUUUGACUCCAGCUAUUCACGGAACCACACAUACGACACCUACAUUGGGAAAGGUUAUGUAAUUGCUGGGAUGGAUGAAGGCUUGCUUGGUGUAUGCAUUGGAGAGAAGCGGAGAAUAACAGUCCCACCUCACCUUGGAUAUGGAGAGGAGGGAACAGGGAAGAUUCCAGGAUCGGCAGUGUUGGUCUUUGACAUUCAUGUGAUAGACUUCCACAACCCUUCAGACUCGGUUGCCAUUACUGUCCAUUACAAACCGAGCAACUGCUCAAUACUGAGCAAAAAAGGCGAUUACUUGAAGUACCACUACAAUGCCUCACUCCUAGAUGGUACUUUGUUAGAGUCGACAUUUAGCCUUGGCAAAACCUACAAUAUAGUUCUAGGAUCUGGACAAGUUGUGCUGGGAAUGGAUAUGGGCCUCAGAGAUAUGUGUGUGGGAGAGAAAAGGACUGUUAUCAUCCCACCCCAUCUUGGUUAUGGAGAAAGUGGAGUUGAAGGAGAAGUGCCUGGUAGUGCCGUACUGGUUUUUAACAUCGAAUUGCUCGAGUUAGUGUCUGGCUUGCCAGAAGGCUACAUGUUUGUAUGGCAUGGUGACGUCUCCCUUAACCUCUUUGAAGAAAUUGACAAGGAUAACAAUGGAGAAGUUCUUCUGAAUGAGUUCUCUGAUUAUAUCCAUGAACAAGUUAAUUCUGGCAAAGGAAAGCUGGCUCCUGGCUUUGAUUCUGAAAUAAUUGUGAAAAAUAUGUUCAGCAAUCAGGACCGGAAUGGAGAUGGUAAAAUUACAGCUGAAGAAUUCAAACUGAAGGACCAGGAGCCAAAGGGACAUGAUGAAUUGUAGUUUGAGUGC